AUGAAGAAAGUGCUAACAGGAGUAGGAAGCACAAGAAUGGACCAAAUCCAUCAACACAGGACAUGGGAUAGCGGGCUGUUCGUGCUCCUCUGUGUGACUCUUGAACUCUUCACGGUUCACUCCUCUAUGGUGCCUGGUACACUGGAGCUCCAGCUAGAUGAAGAGCAACCAGCAAGUACUGUAGUUGGAGACAUUAGUGCUGGCCUGCCCCCAGGUGUUACAGCGUCUCUUUACUUCAUCUCAGAUCAUGAAGGAACAGGUGUUGGUACGGACCUGGACAUUGACGAGAGCACUGGCAUCAUAAGGACAGCAAAGGUCUUGGACCGGGAAGUACGAGACCACUACAAUUUCAUAGCAGUUACCAUGACUGGUGUGACAGUGGAGGUGACCAUUUUAGUUAAUGACAUCAACGACCAUGCUCCAGUGUUCCCCAGAAAACGGGCCUCCUUCAAAAUCCCGGAACAGACCACCAUAGGUACUAAAUUCCCCCUUGAACCUGCAUUGGAUGCAGACAAGGACCAGCUAACAACUCAAGGUUACAUUAUAACAGAAGGAAAUGUGGGGCAGGCUUUUCUUCUUGAAACCAGAAGAGGCUCCAAUCAAGUACUUUAUCUGGAUUUGGUAGUCAAUGCCAUUUUAGACAGGGAGAAAAGGUCAUCCUAUACUCUCCUUUUGGAGGCCUUUGAUGGUGGCUCUCCUAAGAAGACCAGCCAGAUGAUCCUGGAUGUGACUGUGCAGGACAUCAAUGACAAUGCCCCAGUGUUUAACCAGAGCAGGUAUCAUGCCAUGAUCUCUGAAAACCUGCAGCCAGGCAACAACAUCCUGCAAGUGUUUGCUUCAGAUGCUGAUGAGGGUGACAAUGGCCUGGUGCUUUAUGAGAUCAACAGGAGACAGAGUGACCCUGAUCGCUACUUUGUCAUUAACUCCCAGACUGGCAUAAUAACUCUGAACAAGCCCUUGGACUACGAAAUGAGGAAGGUUCAUGAGCUGGUUGUUCAAGCAAGGGAUAAUGCUACACAACCUGAGGUCACCAAUGCCUUUGUGACCAUACAUGUACGGGACUAUAAUGACAACCAGCCCACCAUGACCAUCAUCUUCCUUAGCGAAGAUGGCUCACCACGCAUAUCUGAAGGUGCACAGCCUGGCCAAUAUGUCGCACGGAUCUCCGUCACAGACCCUGAUUAUGGGGAGUACUCCAACGUCAAUGUAUCUCUGGAGGGUGGAGAUGGAAAAUUUGCUCUGACCACUAAAGAUAAUAUCAUUUACCUUAUAUGUGUAGAUGACAUCCUGGAUCGUGAAGAACGGGACCGUUAUGAACUGAGAGUCAUGGCCACAGACUCUGGAACCCCUCCUUUACGAGCAGAGUCUUCAUUUACCAUCCAGGUUGUUGAUGUCAAUGACAACCCACCUUUAUUUGAUCAACAAGAAUACACUCAGGUAAUCCCAGAAGUAAUAUUUCCAGGGAGCUUUGUGCUACAGGUCACAGCACGAGAUAAAGACCAGGGUCCUAAUGGAGAUGUCCAGUACAGUAUCCUGCAGAAUCUUGAGACUCAUUCUGACUGGUUCAGCAUUGAUGCCGUCACUGGCAUCAUCACGACGCUUACUCAACUGGAUUAUGAGACAGACCCGGCACCUAGUUUGAUCAUUGUGGCUGUGGACAGGGGUAGACCUCCUCUGUCCUCCACUGCUGUCGUCAAAGUCAUCCUUCAGGAUAUUAAUGACAAUGAACCUGUUUUUGGAAGCAAGUUCUACAAUGCAUCCCUUAAGGAGAACACUGCAGCAGGGACAUGCUUCUUGGAGGUGAAAGCAAGGGAUGCAGAUGGUGGCUCGUUUGGCUCCGUGGCCUAUUCUCUAGGCUCUGGAUCUGGCAGCUUAGCCCCUCCUUACUUCACUAUCAACAAAGAAAGUGGACAAAUCUGCACCAGUGCAAGUCUGGACCGUGACCAAGGCCCUGCCAGCUAUGACUUCGCUGUCACAGUCGUGGACGGGGGUGGCUUGAGUUCUGUUGCCUAUGUGCAUGUCAACCUGGUGGAUGUUAACGACAACUGGCCAGCCUUCUAUCCCGUGCACUAUGCUGUGAGCCUAAGUACUCAGAGCAGUCCUGGGACCUCUGUCGUCCGGGUGACAGCCCAUGACCCUGACGCAGGAGAGAAUGGCAGGGUGACGUACCGUACAGCUCCUGGGGGAAGUUCGCCCUUCUUCACGCUCAACAAAGACACUGGAGUGAUAUCACUAUCACGCUCUCUGCAUGGGAAGGCAAAUACAGUCAUCGCCAUGGUGGUCUCAGCUCAAGAUGGGGGUGGCCUCACGGCUCCAGUAAAUGCCAAGGUCAACAUCAGCAUUGUGGCUGGUCUGGUGGCACCUCCUGUAUUUGAACAGGCUCAGUACUAUUUCACUGUCUCUGAAGAUGCCCUGCGUGGGACCCAAGUGGGCACUGUGCGUGCCAGCACCAAGAACGGGGUCUCAAAGGAUGUUUCCUACACCAUCUGUUCUGGUGACCCUACUGGUUAUUUCACAGUGGAUCCUGAAACAGGAGUUUUAAGAACAAGUCUACCUCUGGAUCAUGAGCUCCAGCCCAUUGUGGAGCUGGAGGUUCAGGCACAAAGCGGGAACCCACCAGCUUUUGGUCAAACCCGUGUCCAUAUCACGGUGGUAGAUGUCAAUGACAACGCUCCCAGCUUCAUCCCAUCAUCUUCUGAAUCUUUGAUUCUUCUUGAUGAUACAAGAAUGGGCACUGUGAUAUAUAAGAUUCAGGCUGAAGACCUUGACUCUGGUGCUAAUGGUGCUUUGACCUUCGACCUGCUCUCCAGUGGUGCUCAGAGAACCUUCAAUGUGGACCGUAGCAGUGGAGAAAUCCGUUUGAUUGGAAGUUUGUCUUAUGAGACAGUGCCACGCUAUGAUUUGCAAAUUCUUGCCAAGGACAUGGGAGCACCCCAGCUCAGUGCCACUUUCAGCCUGGUGGUGCAUGUGCAGGCUGAGAACAGCCAAGGGCCGGUGUUUGACACCCUGAGCUAUCGAGUGGAGCUGAAGGAGGGCACUCCACUCAACACCCGUUUCCUGCAGGUGCGUGCACUGAAUAGAGAUGGUGGGAUUGCUUCUGGAUCCGGUGCCACAGUCCCUGUGGUGUACCACCUGCAACCAGAUGGAGACGCAGCAGGUUUUGGCAUUGUCUCGGACAGUGGCUGGCUGUUUGUAAAGAGCGCCCUGGACCGUGAGGUUAAAGAGGUCUACCUUCUCACAGUCCUUGCUACAUCCGGUCAUGGGCAGCUGAAGAAAACAGGUAGUGCCACAGUACGUGUUUCAGUGACAGAUGAAAAUGACAACUCACCUCGCUUUACCCAGGAGAGAGCGUUCCUGGCUGUCAGAGAGAACCUGCCAGCUGGCUCGGGCUUUGGCCGGGUGCCUGCUACAGAUCGAGAUGCUGGGCUCAACAGCCGCCUCAUAUACCGACUCCUGCACCCGGAUCGCCAUUUUCAGAUCAACUCACACACAGGUGAGAUCAGCACUAGGUUAGCGCUGGAUCGAGAGCACCAGUCCAGCUACCAGUUGGUGGUGGUGGUACAGGAUAGUGGAACUCCACCUCGCAGUGCCACUGGGACAGCCUUCAUCACAGUGCUGGAUGAAAAUGACAACGCUCCCUUCUUCACCCGCAGAGAUCUUCUCAUACAGGUGUUGGAAGGACAGCCAUCAGGGGUUUUACUGGGCACCGUCACUGCCAAAGACCCAGAUGAGGGAGAAAAUGGGACCGUUUUCUACUCACUGUCAGGUCUCAGGGCUGAACGCUUCUCUUUGCACCCCAUCACCGGAGAGCUGCACUCGUCCUCGCCGCUUAGCCAUGCUGAGAGGCCUGAAUAUACCUUCAGCGUCAUGGCUACAGACCGUGGCUCACCACCUCGCAGCUCCACAGCUACUCUGAGAAUACAGGUUCUUAGCUCGAAUAAGGGGAGCUCCACCUCCAACCUGGUUUCCAUCUCGUUUAACCCAGUGGAAGGAGCGAAGCCAGGCUCAGUCAUAGGAUCUGUGCGAACUCCAGACGCUCAAUCACUCCCUGAAUUGGGUCAGGUCACUUACACGGUAGUGGGCGGUACAGAUCGUGAUGGAACCUUUGUAGUAGACCGCCAAACUGGGGACGUAUACCUGGCCUGUGAGCUGGACUUUGAGCGUGCACCUCGCUACACACUUCAGAUUGAAGUGGAUGACUUUUCCACGACACUUCCCAGGAGCCAUUUUGUCACUUUGGAGAUUGACGUGCAGGACAGCAAUGAUCAUUCACCCCAGUUUCCUGAAGAUCCCGUCACCAUUGUAGUGCCUGAGAACAUGGAGCCUGGAUCUUCUAUCUACACUUUCCAGGCUGCUGACAAGGAUGGGAGUGGCCCAAACAGUGAACUGAGCUAUUCUGUUGUUCAGCAGUGGCCCAGCAGUUCAGACCUUCUGCUACUGGACCCCAGUACAGGUGUUCUGACUCUGGGUCAGAAUCUGGAUCAUGAGAACAUCUCUUCUCUUCUUCUGGUAGUCCAAGCCACUGAUUCAGCCCUUGAUGUGAGUCAGCGACAUCAUGGGAAGGUCACAGCCCGGAUCUUUAUUACAGAUGUCAAUGACAAUGCCCCUGUGUUUACCUCGCCAACUGUGGUCAGCGUCAUGGAGGACCAGCCGGUGGGAUUUGUCCUGCUGUACAUCAUGGCUCAGGACCCGGAUCAGGGUGAGAAUGGUCGCGUGUCCUACCGCAUACAGGAUGGUAAUACUGAGGGCAAGUUCACCAUCAACCCCAAUACUGGGUCUCUCUCUAUCCUGAAGCCCAUUAACCGUGAGGAGCAAGCCCAGUUUAAUCUGACUGUAGUAGCCGAGGAUCACGGUGUCCCUCGGCUGUCCAGUACUCAGCAGCUGACGGUGCAGGUGAUUGACGUGAAUGACGAAAUUCCUGUUUUUGAAGACAGUGUGUAUGAAGCCUCCAUCACUGAAAACCAACCAGCAGGAGCCACUGUGUUGGUUGUCUCAGCUUCAGAUUUGGACCAAGGGAGCAAUGGCAUAGUGACAUACGGAGGAGUGAGAGAUGAUGUUUUCACCAUCCAUCCAGUGACAGGUGUUAUAUCAACCACCAGAUCCCUGGACAGGGAAACCAAAGAGAACUACAUUGUGACAGUUUAUGCCAAAGACAGCGGUUUUCCGUCUCACUUUGCCAAGGCCACAGUGCGUAUCACAGUGCUGGAUGAGAAUGACAACAGACCCGCAUUUGGCAGAGUGUAUUACAGUCUUGACGUGCCAGAAAACCAAGAGCCGGUGACUCUGUUCACUCUGAGAGCGAUUGACGUGGACUCCGGAGACAGCGGGCUUGUGCAGUAUAAAAUCACAGAUGGGGACCCUUCAGGUGACUUUCACCUGGACAAGAAAUCUGGUCUACUGUCCACCUCCAGGGCUUUGGACAGAGAGAAGAAAGCCCGCUACACCCUCACUGUGGAGGCUCAAGACCUGGGCACUCCUCCCCUGAGCAGCACCGCCACUCUGGACAUCAGCAUCCUGGACCUCAAUGACAACAGUCCUGUUUUCGCCAGCAGCAGCUACAUUGUCGAGAUUGCCGAGGAUGCCCCAGAAAGCACGUUUGUUCUUGAGGUGACGGCCAUCGACAAGGACGAAGGCUCCAAUGGCCAAGUGGUCUACUUCCUGAGCCAAGAAUCCAGGGGUAUGUUCAUCGUGGACCAGCAUAGUGGUCGCAUCGUCACAGCUGCAACACUUGACAGGGAGAAAGUUGGAUCCUACAGCUUCCAGGUGUUUGCUAUGGAUUCUUCUGCUGGCAAUCCUCGCAAUUCCUCAGCUCAAAUAACUGUUCACAUCCUCGACGUGAACGACAACGCACCCUUCUUCAUCACAGAUCCCCUCAUCAUUAAUGUGUCCAGCAGCAGCUUCAGCAAUCAUCGCGUUCUGGCCACCAUGAGAGCUGAGGACAAGGAUUUCGGGGCUAAUGGUUCCGUUUUCUAUCGUUUUGCCAGCCCUGUAAAAGGCUUCACCAUAAACUCAUUGACAGGGGACAUUCAGGCCACUGAGAGACUUCAUGGCCUCACGCAAAGCCAGAGGACACUCAUAGUCCAGGCCAUGGACCAAGGCAGCCCUCCACAGUCCUCAGUGGGAGUGGUCGUAGUCUACAUUCGCGAACAGAGUUACAAUGGAAUCCGCUUCAGCCGCAACUCCAGGGACGUUAGCCUACAAGAAAAUGCAGCCAAAGGUACUGCUGUGGUACAGAUUCAGGCCCAGUAUCCCGAUGGCUCCCGAAGUGGCAUUACCUAUAGCAUUUUCAGUGGCAACAAGUUACAAUCUUUCAGCAUUGGCUCCACUACAGGUGAGAUAUGGGUGGAGAGCUCCAGAGGGCUGGAUUUUGAGGAGACUCCUCGACUUCGCUUAGUGAUCAAAGCUGAAACUGCAUCCUCCAGCUCCUUCAUGGCAGUUAACCUCAUCCUGCAGGAUGUCAAUGACAACCUGCCACGCUUCCAGCUCCACAAUUACAUUGCUUAUGUUAGAGAGGCCCAGGGAUAUGAUUACCCCAUCAUUCAGGUUCUGGCAGACGACCUUGACCAAGGUCAGAACGGACAGGUGACCUACUCCAUCAGGUCAUCAUCCAUGAGCGGCCUGUUCAAGAUUGACCCUCUCACAGGAAGCAUCUCGACAGCCGCCAUCAUGGACCGAGAAAUCUGGACACAGACAAAGCUCGUCAUCACGGCCACUGACAGGGGCAGCCCUCGAUUAGCAGGAUCUGCCACUCUCACAGUUAUCAUAGUGGAUCAGAAUGACAACCGUCCCACUAUCCCGAUUCCUCGUGAAGUGCGAGUUCCUGAGAACACACUGAUUGGGACAGUGAUCACCCAAGUGACCGGGAAUGAUGUGGACUCUGGUCCCGCCCUGUCUUAUACACUGCACCUGGACACGGUCUCUCAAGGGAAGUUUGGGAUACAUCGCUAUGGAGGAGGGGUCUCCCUAACCGACCAACUGGACUAUGAAGAGAGGACGUGGUACACUGUGACUGUCCGAACAUCUGACUCUAUGCACCAGAGUGAGGCCAAUUUGACAAUACUGGUGGAGGAUGUGAAUGAUAAUGCCCCAGUCUUCACACAGGACCUUUACCAGGUGACGCUUGCUGAGCAUUCUCCAGCUGGUAGUUCUGUCAUUACUGUAACUGCUACUGACCAAGAUUCAGGAGAGAAUGGGAAGGUCACAUAUAGAGUUGUGUCAAAAAGAGACCUGUUCUACAUUGACCCAAGUAAUGGCACACUCUUCAUCAAACAGAGCACUGAGUUUGAUUCUGAACGUCCAUCCUUCCUAGUGGUAAUUGAGGCUUGUGAUGGUGGUAAUCCAUCACUGACUGGUCUUACCACUGUGCAAGUCCAUAUGUCAGAUGUCAACGAUAACGCCCCUGUUUUCCACCAAAAUGAGUACAGAGCUGCAGUAUCAGAAGACAAGCCCCCUGGAUCCACCAUCCUCACACUAGAGGCUGUGGAUGGAGACUUGUCUAGGGACAACUGUGGAUUUGACUUUGGCAUCGCCAGUGGAAACACUGGCAAUGCAUUUCAAGUUGAAAGUAGUAUACGCUUCCUCGAGGGUCGUGGAUUUCAGAUAGUUGGCACUCUAGUCUUAGCUGAGAGGCUUGAUUUUGAAGCUGUGAAUACCUAUAAUCUCACUAUUGUUGCUUCAGACCGUGGCAUUCCCCAACGUAGUUCAAGUGUCCCUGUUGUAAUCACAGUAAUGGAUACGAAUGAUAACCCACCAGCCUUCAGCAGGGCAGAGUAUAACAUUGUCCUGAGUGAAGGUGCUGAGACUGGAAUAGACAUACUUCAGGUAUCUGCUUUAGACCCAGACUCCACACCUAAUGGAGAGGUGCACUACUCGAUCAUCUCUGGAGACGAAAGUGAGCUCUUCUUAUUAGACCAGUGGACUGGUGCUCUCCGUUUGCGGAGGUCUUUAGACAAUGAGCAAGAGUCAUCUCACAUACUUAUUGUGCAAGCCUCAGAUGGACAGGGCCACUUUGCUCUUGCUCCUGUUACGAUAGAGAUCAAGGACAUCAAUGACAAUCGACCUUUCUUUCCUCUUAAAACGCUGACGGCAAGUAUUCGAGAGAAUCAGCCUCAGAACACCCUCGUCACCAUCCUGCACGCUAUUGAUCAUGAUGCUGGGGCAUUUGGCCAGCUGAAAUAUUACAUAAUGGAUAAAUCAGGGAAUGGAAGAGAGUCAUUUCUGGUCAACCAGACCUCUGGUGAGAUUCGAACUCGCUUCAGUUUUGAUUUUGAGAAGAUGAACACAUUUCAUUUUGUUGCUGUGGCAAUGGAUGCAGGAAACUACUCUGCAACUGUGACGGUUCAGGUGUAUGUGACUGGAGAAGAUGAGUAUGACCCUGUUUUUACCAGUUCAAACAUUGCUUUCCAUAUCCCUGAAGGAGCAAAGAAGGGGCAAAGCAUUGGCCAAGUGGUUGCCAAAGAUGAGGAUGGAGGUGUAGAUGGCAUUGUCCUGUACAGUCUAGCUGAGACCUCUCCCUACUUUGAGGUCAACAUCUCUACAGGAGUGAUUUCCCUCAAGAUGGAUGCUUAUGGCCGGCACGUCGGUCGAUCUAAAAGAGAGACCCGACAAAUGACUCUAGAUGUGAUAGCGCAUAGCCCGUUGGAGAGUUCCCGUGUAGCUACUGCACAGGUUGUCAUUGAUGUCACUCACACGUCCUUUGGUUUAACUACAGACAUGAACCUUUUGCUAGCUAGUGUCAUUGCUGCGUCCUUGGCAGCUAUAGUGGUCUUGAUAAUAAUUGCUGUGGUGCUCUACCUUCUGAGAUCUCGAAGGAAGAAGUACCAGGAUACUCGAGCUAGAGUGUUGACCCCUGGUACAGUACUACAUACUCUUGAUGAACCCAAAGUCCAUGGAAGUGAAAAACUUUAUCACCAAGCUCUACCUGGAUAUGCUGAAGACCAGAGUGCAGGUGGAGGAGGACCAUACACUCGAGGAGGGUCGCUGGAUCCUUCUCACUCUAGUGGAAGAGGCUCAGCAGAGGCAGAAGCAGCAGAGGAUGAUGAGAUCCGUAUGAUCAAUGAGUAUCCACGAGUUUCUAGUAUUUCAUCUUCCAUGCAGGAACAUAUAGCUGCCCGUGGACCUGACUCUGGGAUCCAGCAAGAUGCUGAUCAGCUCUCGGACAUCUCUGGUGAGCCUGGAAUGGACAUAAACCAAUGGCUUAAAGGGAAAAAGAUGGGAAGCCUAAGUGGAAGUCUCUUGUCAGGCCAGACAGCAGUGUAUCGGGAUGACUGUGGGGGAUACCUUGGGGUAGGAAGAGGGCUUAGCAUCUCCCAGUCUAAAGACUAUACAUUUCCAGAGGAUGGGAAACCCAUAGUGGAUGGUUCUCUCACAGCAAUAGUGGCUAGUGAUGAGGAACUGAGAGGCAGCUACAACUGGGACUACCUCCUUAACUGGUGCCCUCAGUUCCAGCCGCUGGCUAAUGUAUUUACAGAAAUCGCUCGGUUAAAGGAUGAGAAUGCCCCAGUUAACCCACGCCGACCCUUUCAGCCCAAAGCAAAAGCAGACCCCAAGCCUCGAAUUGACCCCCCUCCUCUUAUCACAUCAGUAGCUCAUCCUGGGGCUAAAACUGUCCUUCCAAAACCGGCUGUUGGACGAACUCUUCCCCACGUGUCCACCUUAAAACGAUCACCGAUCAGCCAUGAUGGCUCGGUCUCUUCAGUAGCCAUGUCACCCAGUUUUUCACCGUCCCUAUCCCCGCUCGCAGCCCGUUCUCCAGCCAUCACACCAUUUGGAGUUACCCAAGGCCCAUCUGGCUCCAGUAUCAAUACAAAUGAACACUCUGUAGAGCACAAUGAGGAGACUGAGCUUAGAAUUUAACCUUGUCAGGUUUUCUACUGUUCAUAAAGCAUCCUACUUGACUCAGGACCCUGUACAUGACAGCUGUCCAACAUGGUGAUAAUGUCAUGUGAAAUGUCAUGGUGCCUCACUGGCUGGCCAGAGAGUUGAGGGUGCAGUGUUUAAUUACCAUAAUGGACACAGACAGCGGCUUAUUAAAAUGCUCUCUCCAGAAAACAUAGCCAGAUAGCAAAGGACAUGUGCUAUCUCCUGCAUUUGCACAUUUUACAUGGGAGCUAAGUUUGAUGUUAAUGUUUUUAAAAGUAAGACAUUUUUGUAUGAUAUA